AUGGAAACAAGAGUUAGAAGAUUCAAAAGAGCCUUAACACUGAACUUGAAUGUGAAACCUUUAAGUGCCAAACUUACCAUUUCUUCAACUUCAAAUAUGCUUUUUAGUAUAGAUACAAAGAAAUUCAUUGGCCCCUACUUGAAAAAUACUACUAAUAAUUCAUUGGAGAUGAGCAUCAAAUAUGUGUUCAUAAAUUCUAAAAAGAGAACUUUGACAAAGCAAUAAAUAGACUUGCACUUUAUUGCAACAAAAUGA